AUGGGACUUUUAUUCCACUUUUCCAAGCUUUUUCGGAAAAAAUCUUUAAAGUAUGAAGACCUUGGAAAGACAAAACUUGCUAGAGUAUUAACUUUACUUGACCUUACACUUUUGGGAGUUGGUAGCACACUUGGAGCUGGUGCCUAUGUUCUCUCUGGAAAAGUUGCUAGCCAAACAGCUGGACCGGCAAUUGUAGUAUCUUUUUUUGUAGCAGCUGUUGUGUCUGUCCUUGCAGGCCUGUGCUAUGCAGAAUUUGGUGCUCGUGUACCUCGAACAGGUUCUGCCUAUGUCUACAGUUACAUAACAAUUGGAGAAUUUGUUGCCUUUAUCAUUGGAUGGAAUCUUAUCCUUGAAUAUGCCAUUGGUACAGCAAGUGUUGCCCGUGCAUGGUCUGCAAAUUUUGAUUCAUUGGUUCAGUUCAAGAUCAGCCAUACUUUAAAUUCAACUCUUCCUAUGAACGUACCAAACUUGGCUGAAUACCCUGAUUUUUUUGCUUUGGGGCUUACGCUACUUCUAACAGCCCUUUUAAUUAUUGGUGUGAAGCAGUCAUCAACUUUUAACAGUGUCUUUACAGUUAUCAACCUCUUAGUUCUUUCGUAUUUCAUAAUCUGUGGAUUUUUUAAGGCUGAUGCUAAAAAUUGGAGCAUUGACAAAAAAGAUAUUCCUCCUGGAGUUGAUGGAGGUAACGGUGGUUUCAUGCCUUUUGGAAUUUCUGGAAUGCUUUCGGGUGCUGCAACCUGCUUCUAUGGUUUUGUUGGUUUUGAUUGCAUUGCAACAACAGGGGAAGAAGCCAAAAAUCCAGAGAAAUCCAUUCCUAUCAGCAUCAUUGUCUCUCUUUUCAUUGUGUUUAUCUUCUACUUUGGAGUUUCUGCCGUUCUCACUAUGAUGUCCCCUUACUACAGUCUUGAUUCUGAGGCACCACUGCCUAAAGUUUUUGAACUGGCUGGGUGGCCAGUUGCAAAAUAUGUCAUUGCUGUUGGCGCUGUUUUAAUUGGUGCCAUUUUCCCUUUACCACGUGUUGUCUAUGCCAUGGCAGAGGACCGACUUAUCUUCGGCUUCUUAGCCAAUGUCUCAGAUAAAUUAAAGACACCAAUUAAUGCAACAAUUGUGACAGGAAUCUUAUCUGGUAUGACGGCAUUACUUUUUGAUCUUACUGAACUUGUCAACAUGAUGUCGAUUGGGACAUUGCUGGCUUAUGCUUUUGUAGCUAAAUGUGUUGUAAUAUUAAGGUAUAAAGUAAAAGCCUUUGAUACAGAGAUGAUUGUGAAUGAAUCCAAUCAAGGCCCAGAAAUGAAUAGUGACUCUCACAGUGAACCUUUUACAUUCAAAGAACUAUUUCGUCCAUUUACAAACAUGCCAAGCAAAAGAACAGAACAAAUUGUUAUUGUCUGCUCACUACUUCUCAGUCUUUGUACAAUUAUCCUAAAUGUUCUUCUCAUUUAUAAGGAAAAAGACCUUAAUAAGUUUGGCUGGGUAACUUGUUUACUAGCCAUUUUUUGCAUCAUUAUUCUUGGACUUGGCAUCAUCAUCUGGUGCCAACCACAAAAUCCGGAUGAGCUUCCUUUUAUGGUACCAUUAGUUCCACUGUUUCCAGAAGUCAGUGCUGCCAUAAAUAUCUAUCUCAUGUUGAAGUUACCAAACUCAACAUGGGUACGUUUUGCUGUAUGGAUGGGAUUAGGUUUUCUUAUCUAUUUUGGUUAUGGUGUUCGAAAAAGCAUAGAAGGUACUUCUACAACCAAGAAGUUGAGUAAUUCCAACCAGAAUCAAGUUCAGGAAAUGUCCUGUGAUACCACUUACCUUUGA